AUGAACUUCAAAUUCCCCAUCUUUUUCUCUCUUCUUGUCACCCUUCUCUUAUCAUCAUCAUCAUCCAUUAAACCCAUAAUCAAUUCGGAUCGUCAUGAAACUCUCAACAUGAUUUACAAGAAUUGCAGUACAUCCAUGUCUAAUUAUUUUCCACCCCAAACAUUCUCCUCUCUUUUCCAAGAACUCACUUCCCAUUCAUCCAACACAAAAUUCUACACCACCGCAGCCGGAGACCAAAACAUGGCAAUCUCCGGCAGAUUCCAAUGCCAAAACGACCUAACCGCCAUCGCAUGCCACAAUUGCGUCCAAAAACUAUCCAAAAUCUCAACCUCCCUUUGCGGUCAAUCAAUCCCCGCCCGCAUCCACCUUUCCGGAUGUUACUCACACUUCGAGCUAGACGAACCGGGGCCCAUCGAAGAAUCGAUGGUGUUGUUGUCAAAGCUCACACUACAACACAAGUCGUGUGGCGGUGAUGGUGAUGGUGAUGGAAGUGCGGUGGGGGCAUUCAAGGCAGCAAGGGAUGAGGCAUUUGUCGCCGCUCAGGAAGGAACGGCGACAAAAGGGUACUACUUUGAAAGGAGUCGUGAAGGAAUGCGAGUUAAGGCUCAAUGUGAUGGGAGCUUAAUCGGAGGGUGUGAUUGUGGGGAGUGUGUUAGUAGGGCGGUAGAGGUUGCGAUGGAUGAAUGUGGGGAUUCGUUUUCGGGUGAAGUUUAUCUUGAUGGUUGUUAUUUUAUCUAUUUAUACGAUAAUUCUGGUUUUUCUGGUGAGUAUUCUCGUAAAAUCUUUAUUUUCUCGCGUUACAUUCAAAUUGAUUAA